CUAAAAUGCUUUGCUGAUCAUGUUGUCACAUGAUGUGAAGUAGAUCGGUGUCCAACAAAACCUUUUCUUUUUGGGAAAAUACCACUACUUCGACUUUUAAAUGUUCCUUCUGGUCUGCGUUCAAAUUUGGUCCUCAUCAAAGUAAGUUUCCCCCCUGAAUUUCUCUGAGGCACUUUUCUACCAAACAAAAUGAAGAUGUCGAUGCUUCCUCCUCUCCAGUUGCACAUGCUUCCCCUUCGGCGCACCAUGGUCUGGUGUCUUACCAUGGUCUUACUGCUCGACAGGACUGUGUCCGCAGUUCGUCCAGGGAACUUCUCUGGUGUCGAUGUCCCUACAAAACUGGAGUUUGUGGAGUAUAUGAAACUGCGUGUUCAACAAGAAUUCUGGCAGAAGAAAUACGAAUUUGGCGGUGAUGAACCUGAAGAUUGUGCAUCUUCUUCGUGUUUUUCCGACGAAAAAGCAGCAUCUUCUUCCUGUUUUUCCGACGAAAAAGCAGCAUCUUCUUCCUGUUUUUCCGACGAAAAAGCAGCAUCUUCUUCGUGUUGCUUCGACCGAGAGAAGAAGGAAGGGCACAAGGAAAAAGCACAGCUGUCGUGGAGAACAAGUCGCUUGGUUUCUUUGGUCUUCGGUAUGACAGAACAUUCUGAAACUCCCUCUACCGGACAGGGGGAUGCCGAGAAAAUAAAACGGUUGACAGAGGAAAUGUGGGAUGAUUUUGGUAAUGUCGUGGAAAGGUACCGUCUAAUGGUCCCUGAAAGAGCUGCAGUUGAUGGCCAUCCGGACUUGGGACUGAAAGACAAUACGGAAGCGAUCCGUCUGGCUCUUGGGUAUCUGUACCACUUGAAGAUGCCACGACUUCCUUCGACGAGUUCGAGAAAUGAUCCUACUGGAGAAGAGAGAGCCCACGAUGACCUCAUUACAGCCAUUCUCGCAAGAGCAUCCGAUGCCUUCUGUGUCGAUGUGGCGCCCUAUAUUUUCGAAGUAUCUCAGAUAAUGGCGGCAAGAGACUUGGUUCAUCGGCAUCAGGUCACGGCAACGCGAGACGAAGCAGCACUUAUGAGCAAGGGAUGUGAUAAGACAGUGAAAUCGUGAAGUCCUCAAUCAACAUUUACAAAGAGCUGUAGUACUAGAUCUGAGACUAUUUUCUUCUUUGUCGUUUCGUUGCAAAGUACUACACAGACAUGCUUUCAAAGUAAGUAGUCACUUCCUUAAAUGCAAUCACUUCAAAGUAAGUACUACACAGACAUGCUUUCAAAGUAGUCACUUCCUUAGAUGCAAUCACUUCAAAGUAAUCAAUUCCUUUCAAAGUUGCAUCGUCUCUCUCUAAUGCAGUCGCUGCGGACAUCCUUUUUCCACGGUUAUGGCUAGAGAGAGGACCAGAAGAUCUUCAAGAGGAUGAUGCCAUUGCUGACAUGCACCCAGAGAAAAAGAAAUUCCUGAACCAACCGCUGUACAAACGCACCCCUGAGCAUGCCGAAGUCGAGCGUUUAAGGAUGACAAAUUCCUACAAAACUGGCUUUCGCCAGGAAUUGCGCCACAAAGGGGAGGAAGCUAGGACGGAGAUUCUACAGUGUGUCACUGGCUUUUUGGGACCGCGAUGGCAAGGAUGACCGCGAUGGCAAGGAUGACCACGAUGAUACGAGGAUUCGCAAGGAUGACCACAGUGGUAAGACGAAGGAUGACUGCAAAAUGAUAACAGGAUUCGCAAGGAUGACUCAGUGGUUUCAAUUUAGGAAUCAAAGUUUAGCAGAGGUACACCAGGUAUUAGAGGACCAAGAUCUUCUUUGUAUUUGAACAAGAACUACACUAUUAAGGUAAUAUUGUUCUUGUUGAAGAAUUUUUUGGCUCUUUACAGCAUGAGUAGCUUAUUUUUGGUCUUGAUGCAGUGGUGUCCUCAUAAUUAAAAGCGGCCACCACUUGACUAUGGCUGCUUAUCGUUAUCUUAGCAAACGCAUUUGGUGGGCCCUCUCUCCUUUCGAAACCACAUGUACGAUCGUCAAUUUCUGUGCCAUGACACCAACACAUCAACACAACUAGAGAAGAAUCUAAGCUUGAUAAUCAACCCAAGGAAUGAAAUAUGUUGCAGCUUCGCAAUCCGAGUUUAAACUGCC